AUGGACGGAUCAUACCACCAGGAAUUAGCCGUGCAAGCCGGAGCUAUUGCUGAGGAGUUGACAGUGGUGGUGAUGUCUAUGCAUGAAGAGAAUGCUGUCGAUGAACAUGAACUGGACGAACUGGAUGUACCCGACGAACUUGGCGAGUUCGUCGUUGGCUCAUUCGAUGGAUUUGCUGCUGGAUUGGUCGUACACGGCGAUGCUGUACAAUGGAUUGUAGGAAUGGUCAAAGUUGCAGAGGGCAGAGGAGGAACUGGAGGAUGA